AUGACCGCGGGGGGCGCGAGGAGCGCGGAGAAAGUCGGCAGGAGAGUCUCCACGUGUGCGUUCGCGGACGCGAUCGCGCGCGUCUCGAUCGCCGCUCACGACGCCGCGGUGGCGUCGCUUCCCGAUCCCGAGCGCGCGCGUUUGUCGAGCGGCCAGACCGUGCUCGCGUCGAUCGUCGUUCGUGACGGCCGCGGCGGCGGCGGGGAGAACGAUCGCGCGCGCGUCCGGGUCGUCGCCCUCGGCGCGGGGACGAAGUUCAUGACCUCAUCGAGCAUCGACUCGGACGCGCGCGGCGUUCGCGUGCGCGACUGCCACGCGGAAGUCCUCGCCCGGCGCGCGCUGAAGCGAUUUUUGUACGCUCAGAUCGACAUCGCGCGCGCGCGGCGGGGAACGGUCGCGGACGCGCGCUCGUGCGUUCUCGAACGCGACGCACGAUCGAACAGAUGGAGCAUACGCCCGGACGUGACGUUCCACAUGUACACGUCGUCGACGCCGUGCGGGAACGCGACGGUGAAGCGAUGGGCGAGGGGCGCGAAAGAGGUUUUCGACGACGCGCUCGACGAGAGCACGCCGCCGCCGGACGCGAAGACGCACGAGAAACCGAGCUUCGGGAGCGUCCACGAAGGGCAGCUCGCGUUCACGUAUAAACGCGACCCGACGGCGCUCGAGGACGACGGCGGAGAGAUACGCGAACGAGGAGGUGGAGGAGGAGGAGACGCGGCGGCUGGGGCGGCGGUGCACAUCACCGGCCGCCUCCUCUCGUGCAGCGACAAGCUCGCUGUGUGGAACUGCGUCGGCGUCCAAGGAGCGCUGCUGCUGUGCGAAAACGCGCUCUCGUCGCCGGUAUACCUCGCGUCCGUGACGGUCGGAAGAAAAUUCAACCGCGCGAUCCUCCGGAGGGCGUUGUGCUGCAGGAUGCACCGCUUCCGCGGCACCGACGCCAUCUCCGCGGCGGAGGACGGGACGGCCGCGGAGCCGCGGAGUCGCGUCUUCGCGUUGAACCACCCGGGGACGAUGUGCACCGCGGUACCGUUCGACGUCGGGACGUACGCCCCGGGAGAGGGCGCGAACUUCGACCGCGCGGACGCGCUCGUGUGGUGGGAAGGACGCGACGGCGGGGAAACGAGAGAGUUGAUCGACGCGCGAACGGGAUCGAGGUCGUUUCCGCGUGGCGACGACGAUAUCUCGGGCGGCCUGUUCGCGAGGCGUCGUGUUACGAGGACAUGA